AUGGUAAUGAUGGAAGUGGUGGUAAUGAUGGAGACAAUGGUAAUGAUGAUGGUGAUGGUCAUGAUGGAGGUGGUGGUAAUGAUAAGGGUGGUGAUGAUGAUAAUGUUGAAGAUGAUGACUAUGGUGAUGGUCAUGAUGGAGGUGGUGGUAAUGAGGGAGGUGGUGGUAAUGAUAACAGUGGUAAUGAUGAUAGUGGCAAAGAUGAUGAUGAUGAUGGUAACUUACGAUGGAAGUGGUGGUAAUGAUGGAGACAAUGGUAAUGAUGUUGGUGAUGGUAAUGAUGAUGGUGAUGGUCAUGAUGGAAGUGGUGAUAAUGAUGGAGACAAUGGUAAUGAUGAUGGUGAUGGUCAUGAUGGAGGUGGUAGUAAUGAUAAUGGUGGUAAUGAUGGAGACAAUGGUAAUGAUGAUGGUGAUGGUCAUGAUGGAGGUGAUAGUAAUGAUAAUGGUGGUAAUGAUGAUAAUGUUGAAGAUGAUGAUGGUGAUGGUCAUGAUGGAAGUGGUGAUAAUGAUGGAGACAAUGGUAAUGAUGAUGGUGAUGGUCAUGAUGGAGGUGGUAGUAAUGAUAAUGGUAAUGAUGAUAAUGUUGAAGAUGAUGAUGGUGAUGGUCAUGAUGAUGAUAAUCAUUCUGGUGAUGGUAAUGAUGGAAGUGGUGGUAAUGAUGGAGACAAUGGUAAUGAUGUUGGUGAUGAUGAUGAUGGUGAUGGUAAUGAUGGAAGUGGUGGUAAUGAUGGAGACAAUGGUAAUGAUGAUGGUGAUGGUCAUGAUGGAGGUGGUGGUAAUGAUAAUGGUGGUAAUGAUGAUAAUGUUGAAGAUGAUGGUGAUGGUCAUGAUGGAAGUGGUGGUAAUGAGAGAGGUGGUGGUAAUGAUAAUGGUGGUAAUGAUGAUAAUGUUGAAGAUGAUGGUGAUGGUCAUGAUGGAAGUGGUGGUAAUGAGAGAGGUGGUGGUUAUGAUAACGGUGGUAAUGAUGAUAGUGACAAAGAUGAUGUGAUGAUGGUAACUUACGAUGGAAGUGGUGGUAAUGAUGCAGAUGAUGGUAAUGACGGAGGUGGUGGAAGUGAUGGUGGUGGUCAGUGCAUGUGA